AUGCUCAACACCUCUUCCUUCUCCUCCUACUGGAGCUCCAGUCCCCUACAACUGUUCCUUUGUCAAGAAGACUCCUUAGGAACUAGGCUGUCUCUGUCUCUACUCUAUUUGUUGCUGGCUAUCUCUGGAACUUUAUCCAACGUCAUGGUUAUUUAUACGGUCUUCACUUCCAGAAAGCUGCGUAUCACCAGCAAUGCUUUCAUUGUGAAUGGCUGUAUUGCUGACCUGAGUGUGUGUGGACUUUGGAUGCCACAGGAAGCAAUGCAGGGGCUGCUACCUUCUGGUUCCCCUACAGCUCAUUCAGAAAGCUACCGCUUACUCCGGGUUGGUCUUGUUGAUCUUGGGUUGUUUGUUUCACUACUUUCCCACCUCUUGGUGGCUCUCAACCGGUAUGUACUCAUCACCAAACCACAUAUCACAUACCAGGCUGUUUAUCAGCGGAAGCAUACCACCUGGAUGAUAUGUUUGACCUGGAUGUUUGCUCUUCUCCUUGCCUUGGUUCCACCAGGAUUGCAAACAUGGCAACCUCUCCAGCAAGGGUCUACAAAUGCCACCAGUGACAACAGCUCUAACUAUACAGGUCUGGGAGUAGCCCUUGCUAUUCUCAGCCAGACCGUUCUCCUGCUCCACUGCUACAUGAGGAUUGUGAAGCGGGUGCAAGGCAGUGUCAAGCGAGUUAGUGUCCUUGACUUCCAUCUGCUGCAACAGCUGCCCUUUCUCAAUACUACUGCUCAAGCUCCACGCCGGGCCCAGCGCCACUUGAGCAGCAUUUCUGUGUUGCUCCUGUGUCUGACAUUUCUCCUGGCAACCCAACCAUUGAUGUGGGUAAGCCUCCUGAGCUUUUUCUUUCAGCCUGUCCCCCGGGGGCUGCAGUUAGCCAGCUGGCUGCUUUUUUGUUCUCUCUGUGCCUUCAACCCACUGCUCUAUACUUGGAAGAAUGAAGAAUUUCGGCGUUGCAUGCGCUUAAUACUACAUGGAGGAGAAAGUACAACUGUAGCAGUAGCUGCAGCAGAAGCCUCUACAACUCUCCCAACAGUGUCUCCUCCAACCUGA